AUGGCGGCUCCUGUUGAAGCAGUUCAGCCACUGGUGCAGUAUUUGCUUCUGCUAGGGGACUUGGCGCGGGCUCCGUUCUCGUGGCCGUUAGGAGCGCUGGUGGCACAGGGGUGUCACGCGGCCAUCGCGGCCUUGCAUGCCCACCGCGACCACCCAAAUACUGCGGCUUAUCUCCAGGAUCUGGGAAACAUGCGCAAAGUUGUUCUUGAGGCUCCAGAUGAGGCUGCCCUGAUGGCACUGGCUGAGACCCCGAAACAGAACAACAUUGACUAUAUGCUGUGGCUAGAACAGCCAGAAAACAUUGCCACCUGCAUAGCUCUUCGGCCUUACUUCAAAGGAGAGGUGAACCCACAUUUGAGGAAGUUCAAGUUACUGAAGUAACCAUCAUGUGUGAGAGCUAUUUUGGACAAAUGGGACCCA